GUAUACACUACAGCUAUGUGUCAUGUGACUAUGCUAGUCAGCAGUAAGAGAGUGAAGAUGAUGCUUCUUACAUUUACUGUUCUAGCUUUGAUUGGUUCCACUGCUCCUUGUGAUGUUGGUGUGCCUCAUGAAUCCUCAACUCUUAAUGUCCCAAGAAUUGCUAGUGAAAGUGGAACAGAAGUAUAUCUUGGAUUAGAGAACCCUGCCUCUUGUGGGGGAUACCUCAAAAAUUACACUAUUUGUUACUUUAAUGUCAAUGCUGGGGCAUCAGUUUAUUCAGGAGAGUUAUCAAUAUGGGAAGCAGGUCUUGAAUCUGAUGGAUUUAGAGUCUUUGAUAAGAUAAUUGGAUCAGUUUUGGACUUCCCUCUCAAUCUCAAUAACAGUAGAUCUUGUGGUAUUGAUCCAGUAAUGACACCAAUUAGUAAUGCACCAGGUCCUUACCCAGCUGAGGAGAUGGUGUGUAUGUAUUACUGUCUUCCAGAGACUUCAAUAGUUUUUGUUAAACCUGGUAGUGUUGUUGGUAUAGUAUAUACUGAUGGAGUCAGAUAUGGGAGAGGUCAAAUACUAACACAUCAUACAUUGCAAACUGUAGGAACUUGUGUUGGAAAUAACUUAAUAUAUUCAUUAGGUGAUGUUGUUAAAACCUCCUGUCCUUUGUUACCAGCUAAUACUACCACUGCUUUACUAGCUGGAGCUGGUAUUGAGCCAAUUUAUUGUCCUGAAUUAUCUCUACAGUAUGGUAGCAUUAAUAUCUCUGGUCCUUACUCUUUUGGUACUGGCAUUGAAUACACUUGUGAGACUGGUUUCCAACUGGUUGGUGUUUCCAGUCAAACCUGUUUGUCCAGUGGAGACUGGAGUGAUGGAUUACCUUAUUGUAAUGUACUCAACUGUACUGACCCAGGAGUACCUAGUAAUGGAGGUCAUAUUGGCAGUAUCUUUCUUAAUGGCUCAGAAUUGUACUUUGAAUGUGAUGAUAGCUACACAUUGGAAGGUCCUGAAUCUAUUACAUGCUAUAGGGGAACCUGGAGUGAUCCUGUUCCACAAUGCGUUUUAUCAAAUUCCACAUCAACUCCAACCGAGACUCCAACAUCUACUAAUGCUGGUUUUACAAUUAUAGUGGCAUUGGUCAUACUGUUAAUAAUAAUAUUCACUCUAUGUGGCUGCACUAUUUUACUAGUGAUUGUGUGCAAGAGAUGUCAACCAAGAAAAGUGAUAUCUCCUCAUCCUACAUCCACACUAGAGUUGACCAGUUUUAAUCAGCCAACAGCUGCUCCAUCCAUGUAUCAACACAACACACAAAUUGAUCAGCCAAAUAGAAUGCCUGGUAUUCCUAAUAAAGGAUUUGGGACUAGUGAUGAAAGCUAUUACAAGAAAACUGAUAGUUACUCUGUGGGUCCUUUUCCUCCUCCUUUACCAUCUCCUCCACCAUUUCCUUCUCCAUCUCCCUACUCACCUUCAAGAGGCCAAUAUGAAACUUAUGAGAAAAUUAGAGAAGAUGAAGGUGGUGAUUCUACUUACUGGGUACCAGCUAAUGUUGAGGAAGAGCUCUACCUUCAGUUGGAUAAAUGCAGAGUUAGGAGAAUACCCUCACCUGAAAUAAAAGUGUUGGAGUUGCUUGGUAGCGGUUACUUUGCUACAGUUAACAGAGCAGUGUGGCUCAAACCAAACUUAGGAGAGGAAGAGGUUGCGGUUAAGAUCCUCUCAGAAAAAGCCGACAAUGAAGACAGGAUAAAGUUCCUUCAAGAAGCAGCUCUCAUGGGCCAAUUUAAACACACUAAUGUACUAACACUGCAUGGAGUAGUUACUACUGAUACUAGUGUUAUGAUAGUCACUGAGCUAAUGAAGAAUGGUGAUUUGCAUCACUGGCUGCUGAAGACAAAGAGAGAGGGAGCUGACUUGCAGACAACACCUGGUGUCUUGCUUAACUUUUGUAGGCAGAUUUGUUUAGGAAUGGCGUAUUUGUCUUCCAGGCAGUUUGUUCAUCGUGAUCUUGCAGCGAGGAAUAUACUAGUGACUCAUGAUAAUAUUUGUAAAAUAUCUGAUUUUGGUAUGUCUCGUGAUCUUACUGAAGACGAAGAUUAUUACAUGGCAGGAGAAGGUGGGCUUAUACCAGUCAAAUGGACAGCACCUGAGUCCAUCAAACAACACAAGUAUUCAUCAGCUUCGGAUGUUUGGAGCUAUGGCUGUGUCAUGUAUGAGAUAUGGAGCCUGGGACGCAAACCAUUUGAUACACUCAAGAACAAUGAAACUGUGAAGACUGUUAAUUCAGGCCGACGUCUCUCUCCUAGUCCAGGCUGCCCAAAGAAGAUGUAUGAGAUAAUGAUGAAGUGUUGGCAUCCUGAGUCAAAGAAGAGGCCCAGUUUCAAUGAGAUAAUGCUGUUAUUGUUAAAAGAUGAUUCCACAUUGUUAUUGAUACCAGAUGAAGAUAGACUCGCUCAUUCUGAGGCUGGUCAGUUAGGUGCUCCUCUUGAAGCUGGGGAUAAGCUAUACACUGACCUACAGUCAAUGUACAUCACUAACCACUGAUGUACUAAACUGAGAAUUAUUAUUAUUAUCUCUAUAUUAUUAUUAUUAUUAUUAUUGUUGUUGUUGUUGUUAUUUUAUUUUUAUUUUUAUUAUGAAGGUAUUUUACUGGUAAUUUCUUAUGCAUGUGACUGAAUGUAUUUUAACUCUUGCUAUUAUUAUUUGCUUAAUUUUUGAUAUGGUAACUUCCUCAAUAUUA